GGAAGUUAAAGCAAGAUCGAUAGAACGCGUAGCGGUUGUUUGUGAUGUCAACACGUAAUUUCAUGAGAGCAUAAACAUUUUCCAAAAGGCUCCUAUUAGUAUGCGUUAAUUGCUUUAUUUUUGGUAACGCAAAAAAUAUUUACAAGUACCUAAUACGAAUAAAAAUGACGAAACAAUCGAUCUAUCUUUACUUUAGAAUCGAAAUAACUCCGCGGUGAUAAUGUGUGUCAAAUUUAGUGUUUUUUUAGUGUUUAAACGUUUUAUGAAAUUGUGACUUAGUGAUCUGUGAGCGUUAUAGUCAAACAGCUGGAAUGGCUUUACGGGAGUAUGUCGCGGGAUUCUUCCACAACCACAACGUGAUGGCUCCUUUCUCACGGUUCUACAGAGCCAUGGUGCUCAAAAUGAACCAACAUGAGGAUGAGGCAACAACGUCAGGCAUUACGGAUGGCGCGGCGGAUGAGCAACAAAACCGAGUCAUCUUCGUCAACCGCCCGCAGCCACAGAAGUUCGUCAACAACAGGAUAUCAACUGCAAAGUACAGCGUGCCGUCGUUCGUCCCUCUGUUCCUGUUCGAACAGUUCCGCCGCUACUCCAACUGCUUCUUCCUGCUGAUCGCGCUCUUGCAGCAGAUCCCAGACGUUUCGCCCACCGGCCGCUGGACCACGCUCACGCCGCUCAUCCUUAUACUUACUGUUAGCGCUAUCAAGGAGGUCGUCGAGGAUUUUAAACGCCAUCGAGCAGAUGACGAAACAAACCGACGGAAAGUGGAAGUGCUUCGCGACGGAAGAUGGCAGAGCAUCAGAUGGGAAAAACUUCAAGUCGGUGACAUAUGUAAAGUUCUCAACAACCAGUUUUUUCCGGCCGAUCUUGUUUUAUUGGCCUCUAGUGAACCCCAAGGCAUAUCUUUCAUCGAAACAUCGAAUUUGGACGGCGAAACUAACCUCAAGAUACGCCAAGCUAGUCCAGAUACCGCUCGCUUGGACUCGGUCUUUACACUUGCUGACUUCAGAGCGACGGUGCAGUGUGAACCACCCAACCGACAUCUUUAUGAAUUUAAUGGGAUGCUUAAGGAAGCUAAUGCUAAGACGCUGCCGCUGAACCUGGAGCAGAUGUUGCUGCGCGGUGCCAUGUUGCGCAAUACGGCCUGGGUGCACGCACUCGUGGUGUACACCGGCCACGAGACCAAGCUCAUGAAGAACUCCACCAAAGCUCCUCUGAAGCGGUCGUCGAUCGACCGUCAGACGAACACGCACAUCCUUAUGCUGUUCAUGAUCCUGCUGGUGCUGUCGUUGCUAAGCGCCGGCUGCAACGAGCUGUGGCUGAGCAUGCGCACUAACACCGACUGGUACAGCGGCCUCGACGAGGCUCAGAAUGCACAUUUCGGAUUCAACUUUUUAACCUUUUUGAUAUUAUACAACAAUCUUAUACCUAUAUCCUUACAAGUUACUGCUGAAAUAGUGAGAUUUUUUCAAGCCAAGUUCAUAGCGAUGGAUGGCGAGAUGUACCACGAGCAGACGGACACGCCGGCACUGGCGCGCACCUCCAACCUCAACGAGGAGCUGGGCAUGGUGCGCUACGUGUUCAGCGACAAGACCGGCACGCUAACCUGCAACAUUAUGGAAUUCCGCAAAUGCUCCAUUGCCGAGGUGAUCUACAACAAACCGAGCCCGGACGAGCGCCUCGAGGACACACUACUCUACCAGAACCUGAACAGCGGCCAUCCCAGCGCGCCCGUCAUCACCGAGUUCCUCACCAUGCUGGCCGUCUGCCACACCGUCAUACCCGAGCCGAUCGACGGCGGCAUCAACUACCACGCAGCGUCCCCCGACGAGCGCGCGCUGGUGAGCGGCGCGGCGGCGUGGGGCUGGGCCUUCGAGACGCGCACGCCGACCGCCGUGACGGUGCGCGCGCGCGGCCGCUCGCUCACGUUCGCCGUGCUGCACGUGCUCGCCUUCACGUCGGCGCGCAAGCGCAUGUCCGUGCUCGUGCGCACGCCCACGGGCGAGAUCAAGCUGUACUGCAAGGGCGCCGACUCCGUCAUCUACCCGCGCCUGGCGGGCGGCCCGCGCGCCGCGCCCUACGCGGAGGCCACUCUGGCGCACCUCGAGCACUUCGCGUCCGAGGGGCUGCGCACGCUGGUCUACGCCGUGGCCGACGUGCCCGAGCGCGUCUACGAGGACUGGUCGAAUAUGUAUCACAAGGCGAGCGUGGCGAUACACGAUCGAGAACAAAAAAUCGAAGAAGCGGCGCUACUCAUUGAGAACAAUCUGCGGCUGCUCGGCGCCACCGCCAUCGAGGACAAACUGCAGGACGGCGUCCCGGAGGCGAUCGCGGCGCUGCUGAAGGCCAACAUCCACGUGUGGGUGCUGACGGGCGACAAGCAGGAGACGGCCAUCAACGUGGCGCACUCGGCGCGCCUGCUGCACUCCGCCAUGCCGCUGCUGCUGCUCAACGAGGAGAGCCUCGACGCGACGCGAGAGAGUCUGUCGCGUCACUUGACAGACUUUGGUGAAAACCUUCGGAAGGAAAACGAGGUGGCGCUCGUUAUCGACGGCCAGACGCUCAAGUACGCGAUGGGCUGCGACUUGAAGAAAGACUUCAUCGACCUCUGCGUGUCCUGUAAAGUAGUCGUGUGCUGCAGAGUGUCGCCCAUACAAAAAGCAGAGGUCGUAGAGAUGGUGUCCCGAGCGACGGGCGCCGUGACGCUGGCGAUCGGCGACGGAGCCAACGACGUGGCCAUGAUACAGCGCGCCUCCGUGGGGGUGGGCAUCUCCGGCGUCGAGGGGCUGCAGGCCGUCUGCGCCUCCGACUACAGCAUCGCACAGUUCCGAUUUCUGGUGCGGCUGCUGUUGGUACAUGGAGCGUGGAACUACUCGCGUAUCAGCAAACUCAUUCUGUACUCAUUUUACAAAAACAUCUGUCUCUACGUCAUCGAGCUUUGGUUCGCCAUCUAUUCAGCUUGGUCUGGUCAAAUUCUAUUCGAGAGGUGGACAAUCGGGUUCUACAAUGUGAUAUUCACGGCGCUACCUCCAUUCGCUAUAGGACUUUUUGACAAGAUUUGCUCGCCUGAAAUCAUGCUUAGGCACCCGGUGCUGUACAUCCCGUCGCAGCAGGGCCUGCUGUUCAACGUUCGCGUGUUCUGGGUGUGGGCGGUGAACGCGCUGUUGCACUCUGUCCUGCUGUUCUGGCUACCGGUGCUGCUCACCAGCCACCACGUGUUGUGGUCCAGUGGCAAAGAUGGCGGGUAUCUCGUGCUUGGCAACUUCGUCUACACCUUCGUGGUAGCGACGGUAUGCCUGAAGGCGGGGCUGGCGACGCACUCGUGGACGUGGGUCACGCACGUCUCCAUUUGGGGUUCGCUGGCUCUGUGGUUCCUCUUCAUACUAGUAUACAGCAACCUGUACCCGGUCGUGGUGAUCGGCGCGGUGAUGCGCGGUAUGGACCGCAUGGUGUUCAGCUCGCUCGUCUUCUGGUUCGGCUUGCUGCUGGUGCCCGUCGCCACUCUGCUGCCCGACCUGGUCAUCACCGUUGUACAUAACUCGGCGUUCAAGACGAUGACGGAGGCGGUUCGGGAGAGCGAGAUCAAGAAGCGCGACCCCGCCGCACUGCUCGCACACCCGCGACACUCUUGGACGUACCUCAUAUGCUAUGUGAGAGGAAUGACAACCUUUAAAAGCGCGGCGGACGCCCGGCUCGCCGUGGCCAGGCUGGCGCAGUCCUCACGGAGACCGCGCGGCUGCUACAGAACGUGCGCAGCGUGUUCGGACGCCGCUCCGCCGCGCGCGCCGCCACUGAGCUCGAGCUGUCGCAUGGAUUUGCGUUCUCUCAAGAGGAGGGCGCGAGCGUGUCGCAGGCGGACGUCAUCCGCGCGUACGACACGAGCCGGCCGCGGCCGCGCUCCUGAGCUGACCGACGCCCCGCCCCGCCGCCGCCGAGUGCAUGAUGUACUUCUCGAUCGUCGUUACGACGUACAAAGUAAAAUUAAAUAUUUUCGUCACAUUUUAAUGAAUUUUAAAUAUACAUUUUUUUAAAGCUUUAGCGCCCCCCGCGGGCCGUACAUGCGCAUGUCAUAGUAUCUACUUAAGUGUAUACAUACAAAAUAUAUGUGUAGUGAUCACUGUAAUUGGGAAUCAGAGUAAUGAUCUUAAUAUGUUAUGAGAUGUUUUACCAGCGGGCGUCGUUAAGUUUGUAUAUUGUUUGAUAUUUAUUAAUUUUUUUGUUAUAUAUUUUUCGACAUAAAUCGUCUUCUCAAAUCAUGUGAGCCGUAAACGGUCUAUAACUAUUUUCAUACUAGUUUAUCUUUUAAAUUAAGUUUUUAUUCAUAAUUUUCUGUUAAUUAAAUUAACAUAAAAAAAUGAAAUCUCUUUAAUAAUUAACGGCUUUACCUUUACAUGAUGUAUAAGAAACGAACAGUUAAAAAACGUUGUCUUUUUCUGUCAAAUCUCAAAUCAACGAUGAAAGAAAUUGAAAUAUAAUUGUAUAACUGAAUACCCGUUAAACUACGUUUACACGUAAAGCCGUUAUUAGCUUAUUAUUCUAUAUAACAUUUAAUCCUAAAUCAAAUGUAAUAUUUUCCUUUUUUUUAUUAUUAUGACCAAAGAUUAACGAAGUUAUAAUAAAAAAUAUUAGUAUAUUAUUAAGUGUAACAUUUAAGUAAUGUCUCGAUUUUAGUACAAAAGUAACUUAUUGAUUCUCUACUAUUACCCAACUAACGCCAAGGGGAGGUAAUGUUAUAAGUUAUUGUUACCUCAUUAUGUUUAGCUAACGCUUCAAAUUUAAUUAUAAAUAAAAGCUUAUAGGUGUCCAGUAUAAUUAUCGAUGUUAGCAAUUGUAUUCUUGUUUACGAAAUUAAUUUUAGUAUUCAGUAUUAAAUUAAAUGUCUCGUCCUGAGAUAGUUCUCUGUCGAUUUAAAAAUAAUACAAAAAAUGUCGUUCUUUCUAAUAAAUGAAUAUCUUUCGUUAUAAGCAUUUGUCUGAUCUCGGAGUUUAAAUUAUUUAUCACGACAUACUUUUAUACACGGAAAGAUUAUGGGUUGAAUAAAAUAAAAUUAAAUUUUCAUUCAAUAAAUUAGUCGUGCUACACUUAGCACGUAUUUACGCCAAAGCUAUGAACAGUAUACCUUAGUGUAACGAAUUUGAAUUUUAAUAAAGAAAAUUGUGACUCAGCGGGACUUGAGCCAUAUUGUAAGGAGUAUAUUGAAAUUAACUUAUGUGUAUGCUGUGAGGAUAUAUUCGAUUCGAUAUUUAGUGGGUAAUGUGGCAUUUCAUUUCCGAUUAAUGAAUAAUUCCAACUCUCUUCUACUUAAAUGCGUUUCAGUAGGUAUGUGUAGUAUUCGAGGCCUUAAUUUGAUAAAUCUCAUUUGCAUUUGCCUAUUAUGACAUUUAGAUAAGCUUAAUCACCUCCAGAUUAUGAAUACAAUGUCAUCAACAUGUUCUUCGACUUCGUUAGAUUAAAUCAAAUUAGUUAAUCUGAUUUUAUUCAGUGUCUCAAAAACUUCAGGGCAGUGUCACCGCCUUCAGAUUCGAAUUUUGUAAUCAUUCAUUGAGUCUUUCAUAUGUCAUUCUUUUAAGUAGAAAAGGACACAAACGUUUUAGGAACAUCCUCCAUUAUUAUCUUACCUUAUUCAUUUCUUCCUUGUUCUUAAUAAGUAGUUAAUUGAUAUUUUCUUAAAGCACGUUAAAGUUUUGUAUGCUGUCACGUAGACUCACGAGACAAGAACUCUAACCUGUCUCAAAUUAUUACUAGAAGUGUAUAUCUAGUUCUGUGUAUAAAUCAUAAAAUAUGUAAAAAAAUAAAUCUGAAUAAGGAUGUUUUUUUUUACAAAAUUUCUGUCAUUUGAAGGCAUUUAUCGAUACCAUUGGAAUACAUGGAGAAUAAUCAUUAUAAUCGAAUGGUAAAAUCAUAUUAUAAUUAAUUCGAUUAAUUCAUUAUAUUGUUAUCGUUAAAUCGUAUAAAGAAUUUAAUUACAAUAAGCGCUUAAGCAAGAUCUAAAAGCACGAAUUUAUAUUUCUUCGAAUCAUCAGCACCUAAAAUUCAAUAAUUCCGUUUUGCCCUUACAAUUCUGUCCCAAAAUAAAAAAUCAGCUUUACUUUUUUUCCUCAAACUAUCACUGAAGCUAUUAUAUAUUUUAUUAAAAAUUGUAAAUCGAUUCGGUUCGGACUGCUCUCUCUCGAACAACCCCAAAAUCCCCCUUCGAAUUGAAAGUGAAAAGUUUUUGAGCGAGCAGUUCAUGAACGCGUCGAUUAUCUUCUACUGAAUUAUUGUGAUAUAACUGAUGAAGUAAAUCUUUCAGAGUCUUUACAAAUGUCGACUGCUAGCGGGUUUUUGUAAGAUGUGUUACUGAUAUUUAUCACAUAUACCUCUAACAGUUUAUUAUUGUUAACUGUUAACUCGUCUAAGUUUGAGGCGGAGCUCGGACCUACGUGUCAUGGAAAUGUCAUAACCACAAUUUUAUUAAACAAAACAAACUUUGCCAUAACAGUCGCGAUAUUUGGACCCGUAAUAAUUAUAUCUUAAUUUGGUCAAACAAACAUAAUAUACCAAUUGAUUAUUUAAGUAAAAUUUGACAAUGAAAGCUAUUAAAAAGUAUUCAAUUUAAGAUAAUAUUAUUAAACAUAAUUAAUAUUAUUCGGAUUCUGAUAAUAAACAAAUACCUUGAAUUAAAUUUUCGUUCCAACUUAUAUUAAAAUAAAUGGGCGUUAAAAAUAUAUACGCUAGUAUUCUAAACAGAAAAAUCUGCUUCCAAAAAUUGCAGCAUAAUUACUUACCAGUGAUUUUGAAUAUAAAAUUUCAGUGACCAAAUUUUUUCCGUCAAAUUAAUGUCCGUUGGUUUUAUAUGUGUGCGAUAAAUGUUAUUGCAAAAUAUUUAAAAUAAAUAGCUGCAUCAUUAACGUGGUCCUAAAUCUACCUUUGUAACUAAUAUCUAGCCACGUGGGACCAAAGGGACCGUUUGCUACAUGACUUUAGUCGUGACUCCGAUAACGAUAAAUGAAGCUGUAAGGGUUAAUAUUGAUUGACAGAUAGUUCCGAGUUUGGUCUUUUAUAAUAUAAGCAAAGAUGUGAAUGUAACUGAAAUAUAUGAUUUGUUCUCGUUCUUUAAA